AUGCGCGUGCUUUGCCGCCACUUGCCAGAGCAGCAGGCUAGCGCUGUCCAGCGGCGAGUGCUAGAGUCUGUGGCGCUGAGCUCUUGUAAUGUUUUGUCCAACUGCAUCGCAUUGGUGCCUGGCGUGCUGCCACAAGCCGCAGAAGCCAGUUGGAGCUUCUGUCGCAAGACGAUGCCGGCUGUGUGCCGUUGUGCAUCUGGGGCCGACCCCGACCUUGUAAAUUCGCAGGCUGCUGAAGUCCUCGCACUGCAGGCUUUGGAGUCCUUGGUCGAGUCCUGCCCGGACGAAGAGGUGUCGGCCCUGCUGCAGAAUUUCCGAGACACUUUCGGGCAGCUGCUCAGAGGCCGAGGGCAGAGCUCGGCGGGCGAUCGUGCCAGCCGAGGGGCCGCAACAUGCUGGGCCUCGGCCACUGCUGCGCUGCUGCGGCGGCGGGGCAGUUGUUCUGAACAGGCAGGUAGCUUCUUGGAAGCUUUGCUGCUGGCUUUGGACGAAGAAGCACCUGUCGGGCCAUACGUUCCAGAAGCGUUUCGGGUGCUGGCACCGGUGAAGGUGGACUCGUCCAAGCAAGGGAGAGAUGCACUUCCACCGAUCGCCCUACAGCAGCUCUCGCGAACAGUUCUGCCAUCUUUGGUGUCUCGAGCGAAGGCCUUGGGCGGGACUGCAUGGACUCGGCUAGCAGCAUUGGAGAGCGCUGUGGCUCUGCUGGCAUCGCUGUCUGUGGAGGUUGCCUGCGCUGAUUGCAGUGACGAACUGCGGUGGUGCACACUCACUGGGCUGAAGCGCUUGAAAGAAAGUGCAGCAGCUGCGAAUGCCGAGCAGGCUGCCAUCUUUGCAGUUCAGGUCUUGCAGCUUCUGGUGCGUGCCAUCCAGCGGAAAGAAUCCUGGGUGGAGGACGAGCUCCACUCCAUAGUCGGUCCGCUGUGUGAGCUUUGCGGCGCUCACUGCAAGCCUUUGGUACGGCUCGGCUGCUUUCAGGUCCUGAUGGCCUUGAUCCAGCAGGCUUUCGGCCACCUAAGUCCUUUCAAAAAGGAGAUUCAGGCGGGCUGCAAGAAGGGCGUGGAGGAUCGAUGCAGAGAGGUCAGACUGCUGGCGGUUGCCACUCUCAACACAUGGCAUUGCAUUGGCGCGCAGACCUGA